UAUAUCAUUCAAACAUGUACAUUGCUCAAAAUCGAUCAUCGUGAUAAGCAUGAAAUCGAUUUUGUUGCUUAUUUCUCUCUUCCUUGGUUAUGGUGAUGUUGAACUUCAUGCCUCCCUUCAUUCCGAUGAUCCAUAUAGAACCGCUUACCAUUUCCAACCUCUUAAAAAUUGGAUUAAUGAUCCCAAUGGACCAAUGAUAUACAAAGGAAUUUAUCAUCUAUUUUACCAAUACAACCCUGAUGGUGUGGUAUGGGCUCCACCAGUAUGGGCCCACUCAACAUCGACCGAUCUAGUGAACUGGACCCCACAACCUAUAGCCAUUGAACCCCAAAUGGAAGCCAACAUCAAUGGAAGUUGGUCAGGGUCAGCCACAAUACUCCCAGGAAAUAGACCUGCAAUGCUUUUCACUGGGCUUAACUCUAAAUAUGAACAAGUUCAAGAUUUGGCCUUCCCUAAAGAUUUAUCAGACCCAUAUCUCAAAGAAUGGGCUUUGAUAGCCCAAAACCCCGUAAUGUUCCCUUCACCUGAAAAUAAUAUUAAUGCCAGCUCAUUUCGGGACCCAACAACGGCUUGGAUACUAUCGGAUGGAAUAUGGAGAGUGCUUGUUGGAAGCAAGACUGGGACAACUGGAACCUCCUUACUAUUUAAAAGUAAGGAUUUUGUUAAUUGGGUUCAAACUAAAAGCCCACUAUAUUCUUAUAAACUUAGUGGCAUGUGGGAAUGUCCUGAUUUUUUUCCCGUUUACAUAAAUGGUAAACAAAAUGGUGUUGAUACUUCCGUAAUUGGUCCUCAUGUUAAGCACGUACUUAAAAAUAGUUUGGAUGAUACUAAGCAUGAUAUAUAUACGAUUGGAACUUAUAAGCCUAAGAAGGAUGCUUAUGUUCCCGAUGUUGGUUUUAUGAAUGAUUCGAGUUUAAGGUAUGAUUAUGGUAAAUAUUACGCGUCUAAGACAUUUUUUGAUGACACAACUGAGAGGAGGAUUUUACUCGGGUGGGCAAAUGAGUCCUCAAGCGUGGCAGAUGACAUGAAAAAAGGAUGGUCCGGCAUUCAUACAAUUCCUAGAAGAAUUUCGCUUGAUAAACACGGGAAGCAGUUGAUCCAAUGGCCAAUUUCCGAAAUUGAAGCCUUGAGAGGAAAACCAACCCGUAAACCUGCCCAAGUGAUUAAAGGAGGAUCACUCGUAGAAAUUUCUGGUGUAACUGCUGCUCAAGCAGACGUAGAAAUAUCAUUUGGAAUUCAUGAGUUGAAGAAUAUAGAGAAAUUUGAUGCAAGUUGGACCGACCCACAAUUGCUUUGUAGUCAAAAAGGGGCCUCGGUUAGUGGUGGGCUUGGCCCAUUCGGGUUACUGACUUUGGCUUCAAAGGGCCUGGAAGAGUAUACUGCUGUCUUUUUCAGAAUUUUCAAAGCCCAUGACAAUAAAUUUGUGGUCCUUAUGUGUAGUGAUCAAAGCAGGUCUUCUUUGAAUCCAACUCCAGAUAAAACAACUUAUGGAACUUUUAUGGAUGUAGAUCCUAUCCACGAAGGAUUGUCCUUGAGAAUUUUGAUUGAUCACUCUGUAGUAGAAAGCUUUGGAGGAAACGGAAAGAAUGUUAUUACAUCCAGGGUGUAUCCAACUUUGGCUAUACAUCACGCUGCCUAUUUGUAUGCCUUCAAUUAUGGGUCGGAGAGUGUUAGAAUAACUUCCUUGACUGCUUGGUCUAUGAAGAAAGCUAACAUUGCUUAGCGUUUUCAAUUACCCAAAUACUCGAAUAAUGUUCGUUUGAUAAUUCAAGCUAAGAUACGUACAUGUGUGACUGUGUGAGUGACUUGCAAAUGGAGAAGUUGAAAUAGAAAUACUCUUGCUAACCAUUGGAGCACAACAUAUAAACGAUUCAUCUUAUAUUUUAA